CCGCAGCCUUUUCGGUUCGUAUUUGCAUUCUCUGGUUUCCCUCUCUCGCAUUCCUCCCCGCGACGCGUCGUCGUCUUGUCUAACAGUGCUCGCCGGGUACGUGAAAAGCGUUAAUUUCAUUGAUUUUCUAAGCGUUUAUUUAUGGAUAUCGGUUUAAAGCCACGACGAGCAGACAUCAAAUCAAAAUCAAAACAUGAAAUGUGCCACGACGCUUCAUAGCGAACACCACUGAUAAUCAAUCCUGAGAGUUUCAACUGUGGCAAACUUUUUCAAUCAGUAAUCUACAUAAACUCGUAACGCUCACUCAGGUAGCUUUAGCCUAAGAACAACAUACAGAGCCAAGGCCGCAUACAAUAACCAACAAUAAUAAUAAUAAUAAUAAUUAAUAAUUAAUAACAAUUAACUAAAGCAUAACGGCAAACGUUACAGUAUGACACCUGAAAAAUCGGUUUUAGCCUAUAUCAAUCACCUGAUAGUCAGCAAUUUUUCAUAUUUCUGGGAUGAGAUUGAUGGAUAUCUCAGUUACUUUGGCGGAACGCUGGGCACGGUGACCUUGACCAGUGUGGCGGCCAGUCUAGCCUACUACUUUGUAACGCGACCAAUACCGGAAAAACCGUUAGUGCCUCUGGAAAAUCAAUCCCCAUUGCUGGAGGGUCCAGAACAAAUACAUGUCUCCAAGUUCUACAAGGAGUCAAAGAAUGGCAAAUUCGUCUCCUACAUCACAGAGAACGUGCGGACGCUCUAUCAAACGUUUCGCGAAGGUGCCUAUGCCUCCAACAACGGACCAUGUCUCGGCUGGCGAGAGACCCUAACGUCGCCCUAUCAGUGGAUCAACUACGAUGAGGCGCUGCUGCGUGCCAAGAACUUUGGCUCUGGCAUGCUGGCGUUGGGUGCGCGGCCCAAGCAGCUGAUUGGCAUCUACUCGCAGAACCGGCCGGAGUGGAUAUUGUACGAGCAGGCGUGUUACUCCUUCUCGCUGGUGGUGGUGCCGCUGUACGAUACGCUGGGACCCGAUGCUUGUGCCUUUAUCAUACGUCAAACGGAAAUGUCCAUUGUGGUGGUGGAGGAUGACGCCAAGGCGGCCAUGCUGCUGGAGAAGGCGCCGCGCAGCCUCAAGAUCAUUGUUUCCAUCAAGCCCAUACGCCAGACGACGCUGGAGCGUGCGCGCAGUCGUGGCGUACAGAUCUUCUCCUUCAUCGAUGUGGAGAAACUGGGCGCCAAGGGCAAUCAUCCAGAAGUGCCGCCCGCAGUGGAGGAUCUCUGCACGGUCUGCUACACCUCGGGCACCACAGGCAAUCCCAAGGGCGUCAUGCUCACCCAUGGCAAUGUGGUGGCCGGCGUCUGUGCGGUUAUACUACAAAUGGGCGAUCAUCGGAUCAGAGCAGGCGAUGUCAUGGUCUCGUUUCUGCCCUUGGCGCACAUGUUCGAGCGCUGCUGUGAGAAUGGAAUGUACUAUGUGGGCGGCUGUGUGGGCUUCUACUCGGGCGACAUUAAGGAGCUGACCAACGACCUCAAAAUGCUGAAGCCCACUGUUAUGCCAGCUGUGCCGCGUCUGCUGAAUCGCGUCUACGACAAGAUACAGAACGACAUCUCCGCCUCGGGCCUGAAGCGUGGACUGUUCAACAUGGCGCUGAAGGCGAAGGAGAAGGAAAUUGCGCGCGGCGUGCUGCGUCGCAAUGGCUGCUGGGAUAAGCUGGUGUUCAAGAAGGUGCAUCAAGCCUUUGGCGGCAAUCUGCGGCUCAUGGUUGUGGGCUCAGCGCCGCUGGCGGGCAAUGUGCUCACCUUUAUGCGCUGUGCGCUGGGCUGUCUGGUGCUGGAGGGCUAUGGCCAGACAGAGUGCACGGGCGCCAUAACGCUGACAGUGCAAGGCGACUAUGUGCCCAACCAUGUGGGCCCGCCCGUCAGCUGCAAUGCUGUGAAGCUCGUCGAUGUGCCUGAAAUGGAAUACUUUGCCAAUCAAAACACGGGCGAGGUUUGUGUGCGUGGCUCAAAUGUGUUCCAUGGUUACUAUAAGGAUGCGGAGAAGACGGCGGAGGCCAUUGACUCGGAGGGCUGGCAUCACACGGGCGAUGUGGGCAUGUGGCUGCCCAAUGGCACGCUGCGCAUCAUCGAUCGCCGCAAGCAUAUCUUCAAGCUGAGCCAGGGCGAGUACAUAGUGCCCGAGAAGAUUGAGAACAUUUAUACGCUAAGUCAAUAUGUCAAUCAAGUCUAUGUCUAUGGCGAAAGCUUAAAGAGCUGCAUUAUCGCAGUUGUUGUACCUGAUGUCGAUGUACUGAAGCAAUGGGCCACGGAGAACAAUGUACGCGGCACUCUCUCCGUCCUGUGCAAUAAUAAGAAUGUCAAGGAGCUGAUCAUGAACGAUAUGCUCAACUGGGGCAAGCAGAGUGGACUCAAGUCCUUUGAGCAGGUCAAGGAUGUCUAUUUGCAUCCGGAUCCUUUUUCGGUACAAAACGGUCUGCUGACGCCCACAUUCAAGGCCAAGCGGCCGCAGCUGAAGAGCUACUUCAAGCCACAACUGGAGGAUAUGUAUAAACACUUGGAUUAAUGCCAACAUUAUAAACCAGCAAGAGCAAUACACAACGAAUUAAUUAUACAGCAUUCAAUUAAACAACAGCAACCGAUUAACUUUAUAUAUACAAGUAUAUAUAUAUAUACAUACAUAUAUAUCUACCUAUUUCAACUGAUGAUAACAAAGACUACAUAUACCAUACAAUACCAUAUUUUGAAUAUCAAACUGAAAGCGAAAGUAAGAAACAAUAUUUGUGAUAAAUAUUGUUAUAGAACUUUAACAAUGAGACAAACAAUAACAACAACAACAACAGCAAUCUAAUGUUUUUUGUAGUUCUGUCAAUUCUUAGCAUGUAAGCAGCGAAUGAAACAUACAAACAAAACAAAACAUACGUACGUUAAUCUAAAGUUACAGAUACAGAUACAUUAACAGAUUCUUAACUGCGGCAUUUUUUCUAUAUUCUUUAAUCGAGAACUAGCAGCUCUUUUUAAUAGCAAACCAAAGUAUGUUUAAUAUUAAUUAAAGAAUAAAAACCAAACAUGAUAAUAAACUUUCUUAUAUUUUAGCUACAUAUAUACUUUAAUCCUUGUGGUUUAGUUCAAGCGAGCCAAUGUUUAACAACAAAUUAGCACGAGUUGCGUAGUCUGAACGAAAACAUAUAUGAUAAAACAUAUUGAAUGAGAAAUUAUUAAACAAAAACAAAGCUUUAAUAACCUAACACACUCGUAUACUACACUCAGCAUUAGUUUAAAUAAAUGAGAAACAUUUUUUAAAAUUACCUAUGCUAACACUAAUUAAUAGAAUGCAAAAAUUCAAAACGUAAAUAUAAAAACAAUUAGGUAACAAAGAACACGCUUUAAGUAACAAAUAUUUAAGGUAUAAAAAAAAACACCAAACUCAGCGCUAUUUCCGCAUAUAGUAUGGUACAUAAAUCGAGCAUAGUUAUAUAUACUAGAUACAUACAUACAUACAUAUGUACUACUAGGACUGCACUGUCUGCCUUACAAUUACUACAAAAAAAUUAAAAUUUAUAACAAUAUCGAAACCAUUUGCGCUAAAACUAAAGCUUUCAAGCAAUUCACAAUUUAAGAAAUUUCGCAACAAUUACUUUAGCUAAUAUACAAAAAAAAUAUUUCGAAGCUUUAGCGAAAAUGUUUCGAUUUGCUCUGUAGUACUUAAAAUUAAGAUCAAUAAACAUUUUCUUAACGUAGAUGAUGUGGAAAAUGAAUUUGAAGUUUGGCGCAGAUCAAAAUCUAAAACUGGAGCACAAGUAUUUUUAGCCUUAGCUAGAGAUUUGGAAUUUAAUAAAAACACGUAGAGUUUCUUUGCAUUCA